CUAGAUCAUUCUGCCCAACUUGCACCUUUCCUUCCUCUCUUUAAAUCCUCCACCAGCCAACACCCUUUUUCUCCCCUAACUCUCUCACAGAUCCAAAACCCAAAAAAGAGAAUAGAGUGAGAGAAAGAGAAUCAUGGAAUUAGAACAAAACCAGAGAUGGGAAGGCUAUGUGAACUGGAGGAACAAGCCUGCUCUCAGUGGCUGCAAUGGUGGCAUGCUUGCUGCCUCCUUUGUUUUAGUGGUUGAGAUAUUGGAGAAUCUGGCAUUUCUAGCCAAUGCAAGCAAUUUGGUGCUGUAUCUGAGGCAGUACAUGCACAUGUCCCCUUCAAAAUCUGCCAACAAUGUCACAAAUUUCAUGGGAACGGCCUUCCUCCUUGCCCUUCUUGGAGGUUUCUUAUCUGAUGCUUUUUUCACCACUUAUCAAAUCUACCUGAUAAGUGCAGUCAUUGAAUUCCUGGGAUUGAUUGUUCUCACUGUGCAAGCUCGUGUGCCAUCACUGAAGCCACCAGCAUGUGACGCAUCCACUCCAUGCAAUGAAGUUAGUGGUGGAAAAGCAGCAAUGCUGUUUGCUGGGCUCUAUUUGGUGGCACUUGGAGUUGGAGGAAUUAAGGGGUCAUUGCCUUCACAUGGUGCUGAGCAAUUUGAUGACAACACCCCAUCUGGAAGGAAGAAAAGAUCAACCUUCUUCAACUACUUUGUCUUCUGCUUGUCAUUUGGUGCCCUUAUUGCAGUCACAUUUGUGGUGUGGGUUGAAGACAACAAAGGGUGGGAAUGGGGCUUUGGAAUCUCUACUAUAACCAUAUUUGUAUCUAUCCCAGUGUUCUUGGCAGGCUCAACUACUUAUAGGAGCAAGAUCCCUUCUAGAAGUCCACUUACAACCAUUUUGAAGGUACUAGUUGCUGCUUCACUUAACAGCUGCUUCAACAGUAGAAAUUCUAGCAGUGCAGUGGUGAACAUGACUUCAAGCCCUUCCAAUCUAAACUCAGGCAGAAAACAAGUAGGGAAAGAAGCUUCCAAUAUUGCAAACAAGGAACCAGAAGCCCCAAUAACAAACACACUCAAAUUCCUCAAUAAAGCAGUUGAGAACAACCCUAUCUAUUCAUCAAUAAAAUGCACAGUGGAGCAAGUAGAAGAUGUGAAGAUAGUGCUGAAAGUGCUCCCCAUAUUCGCAUGCACCAUCAUGCUGAACUGUUGCCUGGCUCAGCUCUCCACUUUCUCAGUCGAGCAAGCCGCAACAAUGGACACCAAACUUGGUACCCUAAAGGUGCCACCAGCCUCUUUGCCAAUCUUCCCAGUGCUCUUCAUCAUGGUCCUGGCACCAAUCUACGACCACAUCAUCACCCCAUUUGCAAGAAGAGUUACCAAGACAGAAAUGGGAAUCACACACCUCCAAAGGAUUGGAAUUGGACUAGUCCUCUCUGUAGUAGCGAUGGCAGUGGCGGCGGUUGUUGAAGUGAAAAGAAAACGUGUGGCAAUAAUGGCAACACACUCAAAUAGCCUUCUAGAUGAUGCAACCAAGCCACUCCCUAUCACAUUCUUUUGGAUUGCUUUUCAGUACUUGUUCCUUGGUUCUGCUGAUCUUUUCACCCUAGCGGGGUUAUUGGAGUUUUUCUUCACAGAAGCACCUUCUAGCAUGAGGUCUUUGGCCACAUCACUCUCUUGGGCCUCUUUGGCUGUAGGGUAUUACCUUAGUUCAGCAAUUGUGUCAAUUGUAAAUAGUGUCACUGGCAACACCUCACAUAGACCAUGGCUCUCUGGGACAAACCUUAACCACUACCACCUAGAGAGGUUUUACUGGCUCAUGUGUGUGCUGAGUGCGUUGAAUUUCUUGCAUUACUUGUUUUGGGCUAUCAGAUACAAGUAUAGAGGGACAGGAACUACAAACAACUGAAAAUGAAGAAAAAUUACCAAAAGGGAAGUUUUCAAAAUGGUAUAUAGAUAAGGCCUUAUGUUUAAUUACAAAGGCCAUUAAUCAAAAUAUAUAUUUUCGAGCCAUAAUAUUAUGCUUCGGUGGUUGUAAACUUUGUAUUCUUGCACUAGCUAGCUAGCAUACAACGGAGUGGAUCAGCGCGCAAUUUAUUCCUAGCAAUUGAAAUAUAAUAGAGCUAAGAAGAGAGAAUCUCUAUAUUAGAAAAGAAAGAAAAAGAGUCAUGAUCAGAAAAAUGAAGAGGCUACAUCGCGUGUGUAAUGAUCAAAUGCGCUUUCAUUAAGAGUAGGUUUAGGUGAGAGCAAAUGAUUUACACAUGCAGAUGCCCUUAAGCUCCACUUGCUUACUUAUUUAGUGGGAUAAUAGAUGGUUUUGCUCAAAA